CAUCUUGGACUUGGAGUACUACAGAAAGAAAGAAUCGAAGAAGAGGGAGGACCUUCGACGAGAAAGAGUAGAAAAGUUCUACAACUCUAGGGUUACGGAAACUUGAAUGACGAGAAUUCUGAACCGGGAAAAACCCUCAUUCUAGAUUCUACGAUGCCGAGGAACGGCAACGGAAAUGCUGAGAACUCGAAGAGAGCUUCUGACAUACUUAGGUCAAGAACGGACCCUUUCUUGAUCGUCUGCAGAAUCUUCAGUGUCGUGACUUCCUUAACGGCCAUUCUAUGCAUUCUCGUCAAUGUUCUCUCCGCUGUCAGAUCGUUCAAGAAUGGAUCCGAUAUAUUCGAUGGGAUUUUCCGCUGCUACGCUGUUGCUAUUGCAAUUUUUGUUGUUGUCGCGGAAACAGAAUGGGGAUUCAUUUACAAGUUCUGGGGAAUAUUGGAGUAUUGUGCUGGGAGGGGCAUGCUGCAGAUCUUUGUAGCUGUCAUGACAAGAGCUUUCCCUGAUACUACUGGAGAGAAGAAAGACCUAGUGCUGGGUCAAAAUAUAGCAAGCUAUCUGCUCCUUGGAUGUGGUGUGAUCUAUACUAUUUCGGGUAUCCUUUGCAUUGGUUUUCUUAAACGUGCUCGCCAGAAAAAAGAAAUUUCAAGAGAGCAAGCAGUUAAAGAUCUGGAGGAAUUGGAGCGGCGAAGAGAGGAGCUUGAAGAAUUGCUCCUCAAUGAGAGGUCUUGAGACAACUUUCAUGCUACAGGUAGUGAAGGACCAUCCAAGUUGUCAACCUCAGCCAAUGGGCAAGGAAGUUAGAGUCCUGUGGAUCCCUCUGUAUGAGUACCAUUGUUGUAUGAUUACUAAUGUUUCUUUUGGUUGAUUCUUGUCUUGAAUUCAUUUCUUCUUUUGAAGAAUUUGAAACCUUGGAGCCUCCCUCUUCUGC